AUGACAGACACCGAGAGAGGCAGCACGCCCAUCGGUGAUGAAAAGGUCAUGGCAGACCAUAAAGAGCAUAUGAUGGGGGAAGUCGCCCAUGGCGCAGCAGAAAGAGGCCAACUUGCGACAGAUGAACAUGGCCAGCCCCUGGUAGAAUUUGACAAGGCCGCCGAGUCACGAUUGCGACUCAAGAUUGAUUUGUGUAUUAUCCCACCUGUUGCAUUGAUGUAUCUCUUUUGUUUCAUCGAUCGAGCCAAUGUUGGCAACGCUAAACUGGCUGGCUUCGACAAGGACCUUGGACUCGAAGGCUACGAUUACAACGCCGUGCUCUCGAUCUUCUUUAUCGCAUACAUUGUCUUCGAAAUCCCCAGCAAUCUCAUGUGCAAAUGGGUCGGGCCUGGAUGGUGGCUUCCGGGCAUCACAUUGGGAUUUGGUAUCUGUUCAGUCGCCACGGCUUUUGUUAAUGAUAUACAUAGCGCAUCUGGUGUCCGCUUCCUUUUGGGCGUGUUCGAGGCAGGAGUGCUGCCUGGAAUUGCGUACUACCUUUCACGUUGGUAUCGACAAAAUGAACUUGUCUUCCGCCUGUCAUUGUAUGUCGUCAUGGCUCCUCUCGCUGGAGCGUUCGGUGGCCUUCUAGCCUCGGGUAUCCUUAUGCUCGAUCAUUUUGGUUCUCUUCGCACCUGGCGUAUGAUCUUCGCUAUUGAAGGCAUUGUCACGAUCGGAAUUGGUGUCCUCGGAUUCUUCACGUUGACCGACCGACCUGCCACAGCCAAGUGGCUCUCCCAGGAAGAGAAGGAUCUAGCCGUUGCCCGGGUCAAAUCCGAACGUGUUGGCGCGACAGAGGUCCUCGACAAGCUUGAUGUAGCCAAGACACUACGUGGUAUCUUCAGCCCAGUAACACUAGUAACCGGUGUCAUCUUCAUGUUGAACAAUAUUACUGUUCAGGGUCUUGGAUUCUUUGCGCCAACCAUUGUCAAAACCAUCUACCCCAAUGCCUCUGUCGUGUCUCAGCAGCUGCACACAGUACCUCCUUAUGUUGUCGGCGCAUUUUUCACUUUGCUAUUUCCCUACCUCAGCUGGCGAUUCAAUCAUCGCCUCAUAUUCUUCGUGCUCAGCCCGCCGCUAAUGGUGACUGGUUAUAUCAUGUUCCUGGCUAGCGAAGACAGUAUGGUACGAUAUGGGGCCACCUUUAUUAUUGCCUGUGGGGCCUUUGCCUUUGGCUCCCUCUGUACUGCCCACGCAUCGGCAAAUGUGAUCUCCGACACCGCGAGAUCUUCGGCUAUUGGAACUACGGUGAUGUUCGGCAAUGUUGCACCUGGUCAUUCUUACCUUUUGAUGGGCCCAACUACCCCUAUUGGUAAUGGGCUGAACUUGGCAACUUCAAGCACCACUCUCCUUCUUGGGGCUGGUCUAUGGGCCUAUAUUACAUGGGAUAACCGGCGCCGUGCGCGCAUCGAUGUCCACAGCGCCUUGGCGGGACUUUCCCAGCAACAGAUUCAGGACAUGGACUGGCGCAACCCUGGGUUCCGCUGGCGACCAUAG